CUGCGCCGGAGGAAAGGACUUGGGCUAAGUUGGUGAACCCAAGGACCAUACAUUGGUACUGUGACGGUCCUGAGCCCACCCAAGAAGCAAUUAGAUACGACGAACGAGUUCAUAAACAGAUGGAUGACGCAAAAAGGAGAGCUUUGAUCAAAUCCCAAGCCGUCAAGAAGAGGGAAUCCGGCGAGGUGGUUCCUAAGGUGUCGGCUUCAGCACCUAAGAGGAAACCAACAUCAAAAUCUGACCGUCCGUUUAAGCAACCAAAAGUCUCACUUGAGCCCGUGGUUGGUUUGAUGGCAGAGGGUGUCAAGACCGUCACCCCAGCUAAGAAGGGGACGGGUAAAGGACUGAUGACGGCCCCAGAGGGUAAGCAAGAAAGACCUCCUUCCCUUCUCCGUGAUGACUCCAAGUAUGCAUUGGAGAAGCUGUCGUCCAUCAUCACGGCAGAAGACUAUGAAGACCUGGGAAACCAUUCGACGGAGGCCAUGGGGGAGACGGGCCUCUUCUCCGUCGCUCAGUCCUUGGUCAUGAUGAAGGGACUACUUGACCGGUGUCUCAACCGUGAGAGUACCUUGGACCGGGUGAGCGCGAAGGCGUAG